AUGGCUAUGGCGGCGCCCAAUCUGCCUGCCCGACAUGCUGACCGUUCUCGGCUGGCCAGCCUUCAUCACCGAACCGCCACAUGCAUUGCUCAGUCACGUUUCUGUCUGUGUCGCGCCACCUACGCCGACUUGCCUCGUUUGUUCAAGGCCGAUGAACUGCCCGAAGGAGAGCUGCUUUUCGCUACUUGCGGUCUCGGGUCGAGGAGGCUCUGCUUCACUCGUCUGCCUCUGCCAGACUCUUCCAACAACGAGCCCUUGUUUUCACAUGUUAUGGGGCGCCUUGCAGUUCAGGUGAAGCUAAUGGACAAAAUCAAAGGUCUCCCAACAUGGCAUGCCUUUUCAGACUUUUUUCGCUAUUCCAUUCUUGGGAAGAUAAAUUAG